AUGAAGCUUAGAAAUCAAAACUUAGAACACUCUACAUCUUUUUCGUGGAUGGAAGCAAAAGGCACCAUAACUCUAAUAGAAAGAAGAUAUCAGCUCGCCGAGAAAGUGCAAUCGGUAUUCAUAGCAGACAAAUCUUUCAUACCAUCCUCAGCAGUUGUCAAUCACAACUUCUUCAUAUUUUAUAUCUGGGUGUUUCUGUGCAACCUCGCGACAACACUGCAGAAUGAGACAGAAAAUGAACAGCCAAAACGACAAAGAUACUCUUUCUCGUUCAUGGGUCUCGACAUAGUGAAAAGAAUACUCCGCGCUUCAGUCCACAUCUUGGUAAGCCUUAUGUUGCAACUUGCCACUGUUGGUCCAAACAGUCGUGAAGAAACAGCAUUUCUGGCACACUUACUUUAA